UAGAACGUCAAAUCAGCAUAAACAACAAACAAACGUCAGCACAGGAUGGGGAAUGGACAACGAUUAUACGCAAUAAAAAUAAAACUAAACCUAGGAGUGAAGUAAUAUGCACAGGCUCAAAAAAAAACGACAAACUCUAUAAUAAAGGGAGCAGCCGAACGGAAAUGGAUCUAUGUUGGCAGGAUUCAAGGCAAGGACAUCACUGAAAAACAAAUAAAAGAUUAUCUUGGAGAAAUGAAUCAAAAUGAGGAAAUAGAAGUGAAAAAGCUGAAUACGCAAGGCAGCAAUUCAGCUUUCAGUGUUGGGGUACAAACAGAUGAGUUGUUCAAAUCAAUCUGUAGUCCGGAGAUCUGGCCUGAGGGGGUCAUAGUGAGAGAAUUUUCCUUUCGGAAUUUAUUUCAAAAACCUGGAACAAGAAGGAGAGGGGCUGUUGCUUCCCAAUUCAACUGAAUACACUGAUCCAAUUUCUGUUCUUCACCAAAAUGUUCAGUCUAUAACCAAUGUAAUCGAUAACAUAGAAGAUAUGAUUCAAACUUUGGAUAACUUGAAAGCAAUAUGUGUAACUGAACAUUGGAAAAGUUUUGAACAACUUCAGAACCAUAACAUCAAAGGUUUCCACAUAGCCAUUGCCUUCUGUCGCAGCGAAUUCAAACAUGGAGGAAGUGCCAUUUAUUUAAAAAAAGGUAUCAAAUAUCAAGAAAGAAAAGACAUAUUUAAACUUUCAAUUGAGAAGAUAAUGGAAAUUGCCUCAGUUGACAUGAAGAUAGGUACAAAAAUAAUCACUUUAAUAUCACUGUAUACUACCCCAGGGGAAACAAAAAAUUCCUGAAAAAAUUUGAAGAGCUUCUUCAAUUCUAUUGUCAGAAAUUAACUUUGAAAAAGAAGUUCAAACACUAAAUAUAUUAGCCACGAACAAUGUUUCACCAAGAGAUAUGCGAGGAAUCCAUUUCGAACUUUAGUGUAAGCUAUGGAUUCAUCAGAAGGUAUUGAAAUGAUGUAAUAAAUUACAAAAUACUAUAACCUAAUUCUGAAUAACAUCUUUCAACGUCACAUAAUACAAUAGAAGCAAAUUAAUGAUAAAUCCACUAUAUGUCAUGUUGAUUCGGAUUACUGGGAACACCAGCAGUUUCCUCAUUCAGGGCAUGCUUUUUGAAAAAAUGUACUUAUUGACAUUUUAUAAAAGUCACUUUUGAAAAAUUGCAGUGCCUUUUGGGCCACCUGUAGAAAAUUAUCCGAAAAUUGCCAGCAGACUUGGAAAAUUUUUGGGAAUUCAAUAAAAAAUAAAUCGUACAAUUAUAUCGAACGGUUUUCAAGAUAUGAUCUUUAGCUUAAACCAUUGAAACUAAGAUAUUUUCCGAAAAAAGUGGCCUACGUCAAAAAGUACCACAGAUAAAUUAUGACAAGUGUAUUUCGAAAUCAGAAUUUCAUGGAGAAUUCAGAAUUUAUUACAGAGAGAUAAAAUAAUUGAAGACAACAUGCAUAAGCGGAACUUUUUUGAUUUUAUGUAAUUUUUUUAUUGACAGUUGAAUUUUUGCUCUGGGUCUGGUUGCGUUUCGUGUGAUUGUGGCAAUAUACACGUUAUUAUUCCUUUUUUCAUUAUUUUCCAUUUUCACUUGCAGGACAAAUUUUCAUUCUGAAGAAAAGUUGAUUCGAUUGGGGGCCCUACUCAGCGUACCGGUUGAUCCGCCACUGCCUAAAAAGCCACUUUAUCACAGAAGCGGAAAAUCCACUAAUAAUCAAGGCAUUUGGUGAACUGGACAUACGACCAUAUGGAUUAGGCUAUGAAAUUUUCGAAGCAAUGAGAAGAUUUCCUCGAAGGAUAGCUCAAUACAUAGUUGACACCGAAGAAGAGCAAACAUUCGAAGACCUCCUUCAUGACUGCAUACGAGUAGCUAUCAAUUUGAGGGCCGACGAAUUAUCAGAAGAGGACAUUCUUGCCCUCAGUUCCAGCAACCGUAAAGAAACCUGCAUACCGUACUUUGCUGCUUUAUUUCUUGGUAUCAAAGUUAGCGCCUUCGAUACUUCCAUAUCUGUCAAAGAUAGAGCUCACCUAUUGAAGGAAGCCACACCAAAAGUCAUAUUCGUGGAAGCAGAGAUACUGGCCAGUGUUCAAGAGAGCAUAGAAGUUGCUCAAGUUGACACAAAAAUUGUAGUAAUCGGUGGAGAAUCUGGGGAGAAUAGUUCAUUCGAAGAAUAUUUACAGGCUUCUGAUGAUGAGAUAUCGCAAUUCGAACCCGUUAAAUUCGAAUCAGAUAGAAGAACGGCUUCCGUUCUGUUCAGUAGCGGAACAACAGGGUUGCCGAAAGGAAUAUGCUUAUCGCAUUAUGGCAUGUUAAGUCAAGGAUUGUUGCUCGUUCUUUCAGGACUAUUUGGAAACGUGCCAUCCCCAGUGGCUCUGACAUUUUCGCAACUUUACUGGAUAUCUGCUAAUGUGUUUCUCAUUGGCGCAACUGUUUCCGGCACAGCAAGAGUGAUUAUGAAAACCUUCAAUCCGAACGAGCUGUGGAAAGUUGUGGACAAAUAUAAGAUAACUGUAGCUUUCCUUUCGCCAUUUCAAUGCCUUGACUUCAGUAAAUCUUCAAGACCUGAAAGUGUUGACACUUCCAGUUUGCACGCACUGGCCACAGGAGGAGGUCCAAUAUCCGAGAAGCUGGUUCACAGUUUGAGAGAUGUGCUACCGGGAACAUUCAUAAUGCAAUUAUAUGGACAAACGGAGGUGUGUGGAGCAUCGACGAUGUUUCAGACCAGAAGGAUUGAUGAUCAGCUUUUAUUGCAUUACAAGCCAGGAUCAGUUGGCAGGCCGAUGCCUGGUUUUUGGAUGAAGAUUGUGAACACAGAAACUGGAGAGCUUCUUGGGCCUAACGAGAAUGGAGAACUUCGGAUCAAAUCGGACUUUUUGAUGGUUGGUUACCAUCAGAGAGAUUGCUCAGAAGCCUACGACGAACACGGAUGGUUUAAAACAGGAGAUGUCGCCUACUAUGAUGAGUUCCAGUGCUUUUACAUUGUCGAUAGAAUAAAAGAAAUGCUCAAGUUCCGUGGUUGGCACGUACAACCAGUCAUGCUUGAAAAUGUAUUGAUGUCGCAUCCAGCAGUAUCGGGGGCAGUCGUUGUUGGUAUACCCGAUGAAGAGGAUGGGGAUCAUCCUAUGGGUUUGGUUGUACUCAAAGAAGAUUUUUUCGAUAUUGACCCAAAAGUAUUAGAGGUUUUUGUUGAGGAGAGAGUUCAGGAUCGUCAAAGAUUGAGAGCUGGCGUGAAAAUAAUUGAUCAUAUACCGAUCACGAACACUGGAAAAAUUAAAAGACUUUUCUUAAAAAACUGCGUCAUAAAUGGAGAAAUAUGAAAUAAUUUCGAUUUUUGAUUUCGAAUUAAUAAAAAAGAUACAUUGUU